AUGAGAGCAAAAGUACGAGUUCCUUCCAACGCUUCUGAUCCCGAAAGUGCUGAUUCCUUGAUUGCAUCUCAAAUGGCAAAGCUGUCAGUCACUGAUCGAGAAAAGGUGUACAUGGCCGUCCAUGGGAUACCAGAUGACUUUAUAGCGGAGACUCCAGAACUGAUUCGUAACAGUCUAUUGAGAUUACAGCACGAAAUCGACAGUUUACCGGACAAGAAAGCAUGCGACAUUGCUGAACGACUGGCUCCAGCAUAUACGCAGGACAAAGAUUUUCGACUUGCGUUCCUUCGAUGUGAGCAGUUUGAUUGUAACAAGGCAGCACUUAGAUUCUUGAACGCGUAUGAUACGGGGGGAAGAGUCAGUCGUCAAUUCCAAUGUUAA